AUGCCACUUCGCCAUCCCGCUCCCGACCUCACACUCAACUCCCAAUUUCGCUGCAAGGCUACAGGAUACCACAAUCUCGACGAAAUGAGCGCCUCCGACGCUGCUCAAUGCCAUGCGCUUCGCAAAAGCCUUCUGAACCUCCCACAAGAACUCCACGAUCGAAUAUACGAUCUGACCUUCACCACCGCUCCCAAGAUCCGCAUCUACAAACCUGGACACGGCGACCUGGUUCGCCAGGUCCUUGCCGAGCUGCACGAGAAGUCUCCCUCGAACAUCGUGGUGUUUGACGAGCGACUGCCCCAUCUGCUCCACGUGUCGCGAGCGAGCCGCGAGCUCUUUGCGAAGUCGUAUUUCGGCGGCGACGGCGCAGUUUUCGUCUUCUAUGCGCCCGUCAAAAUCUGGAGAGUACCUAUCGAGAAAUGUCAUUGGGAGCUCAUCAAGGAUGCUCGAGUUGCGUUCACGAAUUCUCACUAUUUGGUGAACUGGGAGAGCAGACAGUUCAAGAACGAGAGAGCGUUCAAUUAUCCAGGCAAAGACGUAGUGGACAGGAUACCAAUCCAGUGGCAUCAUCACAUCGAGCGAUUGAUCAAGCGGAGGAUGGAAGCCGCCGGACUUGAGCAGUUGAGACCUUCAGAUUAG